GCAAGAGGCCCCUGGUCAGAGCCCAGACAGAGCAAUUUGGCUCACAGGUUGGAGUGACUGGCACUGGGAGCUUUGGAGCAUCAACGGUAACAAUGACACCCUUGCUUUUGUUGUGCGUGUUCCUGCCCUUCAUCAUGGCAACAAUAUCAUUUGAAGACCAUGCUGAUGACGGCUUAGAUGGCAUGUUGAGCGUCAGCAUUCCAGUGGAGAUGCCUCUCCGUCCACUGCUGGGCAGCAAGGUAGUGGUGCCAUGCUACUUCCAGGACAACACCGUCAAUGACCCUGGUGCCCCAACCAUUGCCCCGCUCUCCCACCGCAUUAAGUGGACCUAUGUCAACAAAGGGAAGGUCACCGUGAUCCUGGUGGCGUCAGAGGGAAAAGUUCACGUAGAGACAGAGUACCUGGAUAGGGUGACCAUGGUCAAUUACCCGCUGGUGCCCACCGAUGCCACCAUGGAGAUGACAGAGCUGACGUCCAAGGAUUCGGGCACCUACCGCUGCGAGGUGAUGCACGGCAUCGAGGAUAACUAUGACUCUGUGGAAAUCCAAGUUCAGGGUAUUGUGUUUCACUACCGAGCCAUUUCCACCCGCUACACCUUGACGUUUGAGAAGGCCAAGGCAGCAUGCAUCCAGAACAGUGCCACUAUCGCCACCCCAGCUCAGCUACAGGCUGCUUAUGACGAUGGAUUCCACCAGUGUGAUGCUGGCUGGCUGUCUGAUCAGACUGUGAGAUAUCCCAUCCAUGAGCCACGUGAGGGUUGCUAUGGAGACAAGGAGGACUUCCCUGGUGUGAGAACCUAUGGAGUGAGAGAUGCCAAUGAAACCUACGAUGUGUACUGCUUCGCUGAGAAGAUGUCAGGCAGAGUCUUCUACUCCAUGUCCGUGGAGAAGUUUACCUUCUACGAAGCAGGAGACCAGUGUGCCAAGCUGGGUGCCCGUCUUGCCACCACUGGAGAGCUGUACCUGGCCUGGAAGGCUGGCAUGGAUGUUUGCAAUGCCGGCUGGCUGGCAGACAGGAGCGUACGCUACCCUAUAAACAUCGCCAGGCCUCAGUGUGGAGGGGGGCUUCUGGGAGUGAGAACUGUCUACCUGUUCCCCAAUCAGACAGGAUAUCCAUACCCAGACUCUCGCUACGAUGCUGUCUGCUUCCAAGCUGGUGAGGGUGAUGGUCUCCAGCCUGUACUGACCACCCCUUUCCCACACAUCAUACCCAUGACCCCCGGGCCAGUGGACCAUCCCCGCCUCACCACACCAGAGCGUGAAGAGGCCCAUGGAGAGGUGGCCACCCUCUCCCCCCUGCCUAUCCCGCCCAGUGUGACAGACACAUACGCUAAAGUCACUGCUGUGGUUCGUGAGCCUGGUCUAGGACUGGACCUAACAGGCAUAGAUACCGCCAUGGCUCCUACAGGUGUGGUCUUUCACUACCGGGCCAUCAACGGCCGCUACACCCUGACCUUCCUGGAAGCCCAGCAGGCCUGUCAGAGCAUAGGCGCAGUCAUUGCCAGCCCCGAGCAGCUCCAGGCAGCUUAUGAGAAAGGCCUGCACCACUGUGAUGCCGGCUGGCUCCGCGACCAGACUGUCAGGUACCCCAUCGUAUCACCCAGAGACAAUUGUGCAGGUAAUCUGGAGCACCUCCCAGGGGUCCGCUCCUACGGCCUUAGGCCAGCCAGCGAACGCUAUGAUGUCUUCUGUUACGUUGAUCGUCUCCGAGGUGAGGUCUUUUUCACCAGCGACUAUGACAGCUUCUCCUAUGAGGAGGCUGUGCAGCACUGUCAGAAACUUAAUACCACCCUUGCCACCACUGGACAGCUGUAUGCUGCCUGGAACCAAGGCUUGGACAAGUGCCGUCCUGGCUGGCUGACUGACCGCAGUGUCCGCUACCCCAUCACCAUCCCCAGGGCACACUGUGGAGGGGGCCGGGCUGGGGUCCACAUUAUUUAUGCCUACCCCAACCAGACAGGCUUCCCUGAUGAGCACUCACGCUAUGAUGCAUAUUGUUUCAAAGCUGAAACUUCUGUUGUACACAUUGAAAAUGAAACCCAUGUGGAUAUUACGACAAUGUUGGAGGAAUUUUUCAACAAGACAAUUAUCACAACUGACCAAGUUGCUCCUACUGCUGAAACUCGUGUAGUUUACACUGAAAAUGAAACCAUUGUGAACAGGACUAUUGUGGUGGAGGAAUUUAUCAACAAGACAACCAUCUCAACCGAUCGAGUCGCUCCCACUGUACACCCCAUUUCACCUCCAGUUCCUCCAGUUCCUCCAGUUCCUGUUGAAGUCUCAGGCUCUGGUUCAGCUGAUCACUCAGCCAGUGGUAGUGGCAUCAUGGUGGGUCCCAGUGGGGACUGUACAGGGGAGUCUGGUGUCUCCGGUACAAGCGGUGAGGCCUGUGGAUCAGGCUUCCAGGUCACCUUCAGUGGUCAUGAGGACAGAGACAGAUCCAGAGAGGGGUUAGUCUCCGGGGGUCCCCAUGAGGCAGGGGAGGGAAGUACUGUCACUUUCCCCUAUGGAAGACCAGGGUCUGGGGCUAGUGCAUCUGGGGAGGGGCCAGAAGAACAACACCCUAGUUUCAGCGGCUUUCCCUCAGGAUUGGGCUCUGCCAGCGGAAGUGGGGACAUCAGUGGUAGCGGUGGUGAAUCAGUUAUCAUUAUGGUAGAUAGGAAAAUGGUGGAUCUGUCUGAAACCCACCAGAAACCCACUGAGCAGGAGUUUGGCCAAGGGGGCACUGAUUUCCACAGAGUCUCUUCAGGAACAGAUAUGUCCGGAUCAGGCAUUGCAUCUGGGUCAGGCACCAGUGGGUUCAUCAGUGGGGACCAUAGUGGCACCACCUAUAGUUCAGGGUUUCCAAGCAUCUCAUUUGUAGACCAUGGUCUCGUUGACCGAACCGACCAACCCUCUGUUGAGCAGGAGGUAUCUGGCUAUCAUCCCACCGGAUCAGGGAUCACCAGUGGCCUUCCAAGUGGGUUUCCAUCUAGUGUCUCAGUAAGCGGCACUGCCUCCGGGGACACAUCCCAAACUCAUCGCAACGUCAUCUACCUGACGGACGAUGACAUGAUGGAGGUGACUGUGCGACCAUUCGAUCGUCAUCCUGAGCAGGGCCGGGGCGUGGUGGAGAUGAGCGGGGAAGGAAGUGGGUCAGGGAUCCAUAGUGAAUUUGGCAGCACUUUAGAUCAAACCCACCACUGGCCAAGCAGUGUAUCCUCCCAUGAGGAACUGACCACUGAGGGUCUUUCUGUAGACCUGCCUCCUGGAACAACUGCCAUUUACCCAGAAUAUAUGACUAGCGUCACGCAAACAGGAUUUGAAGAAGAACUGGAGGUUGAGACAGAACAGGAAGGUCGUGCAGGACCUACUGAGGAGAUUUAUGUGACAACUGGUACAGCGGCCUACACAAGCCCAACGACAGCACCGUCUGUUUCACUGGCGACCCCUGCUGUUGUGGAGCCUCCUACAGUAGUGGAAGCCUCUUCAGACCCCUGUGAUCCAAACCCCUGUGGUUCAGGAUCCUGCCUUGUGCAGGGUGAGCUUGCUGUGUGUCAGUGUCCACACGGCUUCACGGGCGAAGACUGCACCACGCCGGUACAGGGCUGUGCGGAUGGCUGGGUGGAGUUCAUGGGCAGCUGCUACCUCCACUUUGCGGAGAGGGACACCUGGUCUGAUGCUGAGCAGCGCUGCCGAGAGCUCAACGCCCACCUGGUCAGCAUCACCUCUCAGGAGGAGCAGCAGUUUGUCAAUUCCAAUGCUCAGGACUACCAGUGGAUUGGACUCAAUGACAAAGAGGAGCAGAAUGAGUUCCGCUGGACCGAUGGCAGUCCUCUGACCUUUGAGAACUGGAGGCCCAACCAGCCUGACAGCUACUUCAAUUCUGAGGAGGACUGCGUGGUGAUGAUCUGGCACGAGGGCGGGCAGUGGAAUGAUGUGCCCUGCAACUACCACCUGCCCUUCACCUGCAAGAGUGGACCUGUCAUGUGCCAUGCGCCACCCGAGGUGGAGCAUGCCAGGAUGAUGGGUGGCAGCAGAGAGCAAUACCCUGUCAACUCCAUAGUCCGCUACCAGUGUGACACAGGCUACACACAGCGCCACCUGCCUGUUAUACGCUGUAUGCCGAAUGGACAGUGGGAGGAGCCACAAGUGGAGUGUAUAGAAGCUGGUGCCGCCAGCAACAGGCUACACAAAAGGUCCAUCAGGAGCCGAAAUAAAGGGACCAGCAGUGAACAGUCACAGAGGAAGCUGCCCUGAACAGGACUGAAAAGAUAUACAACAGUGAGCCACAAAGGAGCCCUCUUGUAAAGAAACAUGGACACCAAUGUCAAUGCCCAACCAAAAAGAUAAAUUUCCUUUUGUGUAUGAACAAACACUAAAGCACAUUUAGACAUUGAUAGUCUGACUGACUGAUGUUUUGGAUCUUUGAGUGUCACCCUGUGCCUUUGGAAGGCAUGUGAAUUUUUAAAAUGUAGCUUUUGAUUUGUAGUCAUGAUUUACUAUCUGGAUGUAUUGUUUCAAUGCACAAGUUGUAAUUCUCCACAAAAAGUUGUCAGCAGGAACUGUUGACUGUGGGAACUGUCAUAAGCAAAGGAAAGAGCUGGCAGAUUGUUACAGCUAUGGGGAGGCCUUAGAGUGACACGGAAUGUCCAAAACAGCCCAAAAAAGUGUUUAGAAUUGCAGCUGGAUUCUCUAAAGUCAAGCACAUGUUACAUAGAUUUUUACUAUAUUUUUAGGCUAUUUUUCUAGAUC